GUUAUUGAAUUUUUUUUUUUGUUGUUUUGCAAACACGUGACAGUAGUUUUUAUCAAAUUGUCAUAUAUUACGUGGCUUAUUAAUCGGGAUUAAAAUUUCAAAAUUUAAUCAUGGAUUUUUUCAGUUCAACCAUGGUCGUCUAUUUAGAGACAUUGAAAUUCACCGAUGCUCAAUUGGCCUAUGCAUCAACUGUGCUUAUAUCGGUGGCACCAUUUAUGGUGCUUUUCCUAUUUCCUAUGGAUAAUACUGGUCGUUAUCGAAAUCGAUUACGUUUAUCUUUAAGUUUUGCAUCCGGUGGUUUGCUAGGCGAUGCUUUUCUACAUCUAAUACCUCAUUCUAUGGGUGCUCAUCAUGAUCAUCAUGGCCAUUCUGAUCACGAUCACCACGGCCAUUCCAAUCAUGAUCACCAUGACCAUCAUCAUGACCACCAUGAUCAUAAAGAGCAUAAUCAUUCUCAUCAUCAUCAGACAACAGUUGGCCUGUACAUAAUUGCUGGAAUUAUCAUUUUCUUUAUCAUUGAGAAAUUCGUCCAUCUUGUUAAAGGUUCUGAUCAUCAUCAUCACCAUCAACAUAAACAACCAACACAAUCUUCACCGAAAAAAAAGGAUAAAACAAAACAAAUUUCCGAUUCGAAACAAAAUGCAGAUGCUGGUUCGUUGAGCAGUGGCCAAAGUCGUCAUUUGGUUAGCGGCAUUUUAAAUUUGAUUGCCGAUUUUCUACAUAAUUUUACCGAUGGUUUAGCAAUUGGUGCUACUUUUGCAGCUGGUCAUGGAUCACAAAUGGGUGUCAUAACUGCCGUUACAAUUCUUUUACAUGAAAUUCCACAUGAAAUUGGUGAUUAUGCUAUUCUUAUUCAAUCGGGUUAUCGUCGUCGAUCUGCUAUACUUUUGCAGCUAGUAACAGCCAUUGGUGCUUUGAUGGGCACUGCUGUUGGUCUACAUUAUGGUACAUUAGAACAUGCUACACAAUUUAUUUUACCAAUUACUGCUGGUGGUUUUAUCUAUAUUGCUACCGUUUCAGUUAUACCAGAAUUAUUGGAAACAACAAAAUCAUCAAGUCAUGGACAAUCAAUUAAAGAAAUAUCUGCAUUAUUGGUUGGUGUUGCUAUGAUGUAUUUUAUUGCAUUGAAUGAAUGAUUUGGAUUUCGACAAAAUUUAUGAAAAAAAAUAGAAUCGAUGUUUUUUUUUAUAAAAA